AAUUCGCCGCUCGUGUGGGUGUGAGAACUCAAUCUACACAUCGAACCGAGCCAUCCCUUUCUGUGUCUCUCUUGUUUGGAGCUACAGACAGCUCCUACAGAACAGUCAAAAAAGGGUCUCUCUCUCUCUCUCUCACUCUCUCACUCUCGGAGUAAUUGCCGUAUCUUUGGCCUACAUACUAUUCUCUCAUCGUUUCAGAGCCCACAGGAUUUUGUUUUCUUCCUCUUUCUCUGAAGAAUCGAACUUCUCUUCGUCAACUCGGGGGGUUGGAUCAAGGGCUAAUGUAAAAUCCUCUGAUUUCUUUGUUCCUCAGUGCGAAGUGGUUGUGUGAUCGAUAUAUUGGGUACAAGGAAAGAACUAUUGGUGCGGUCUUCAUACAUGGAAAACCCUAAAACCCCAGAAACCCUAGAAGAAGGUUCUGGGCCUGCUGGGUUGUCUGAUUUGAGUGAGUACUGUACUGGGUUAGAACCCAUUCCGGAGAUUUCCGUUGAAACAAAUGGCGAAGGGGUUGAUGUAAAGGAUACUAGUGUUGGGGUCGAUAAUGUGGAGGUGGUGAAUCGAGUGGUUGAAGCUGAGGAAAGAAAUGAUGGUAUUGAAGGUGAAAAUGUGGUUGUGGGUGUGGAAACAAUGGGGGGUAAUGAAGAGAGUUGCAUAAAUGGUGUUGGUAUUGAGAAGGGUUGUCCUGUAGAUGGUGGGCUUGAUAGGGGCAAUGAGGCACAAAAGGGUUCCAUGGACUCAAAACAGGAAGGGGGUUUGGUGGGUUUGGUGAGUAAUGAGAGUGAGGACGUGGGAGUUGAGAAGAUUGUGCAACAAGAGGGAAUGAAAGAAGACGGUGGGUCAGGAUUAGAUGGGGUUAAUUCAGCUAGGAAGGAAGAAGUUUCCGGAGAUGGUAUAUCCCUUUUUGUGGAUAUUUGUGGUCCUCCAGCUGGACCUACUCAAGAUAACCUUGUUGAAGAAAAAUGUUUUGGAUCAAUGGCAAGUGGGGAGAAAUCAAAAGAAGCUGGCGAUGUGGAGGAGGAUAAGGAAAUUGAUAAUCCAGAAUAUAAUUUUUCUGUGGGUGAUGUUGUGUGGGUUAAAACCAAAAGUCAAACAUGGUGGCCGGGAAAGAUUUAUGAUCCUUUAGAUGCACCAGAGCAUGCUGCUAAGAGUGAGCAGAAAGACUGUUUACUUAUUGGAUAUUUUGGGAGCAGCCAUGUUGGUUGGUGUAGCCUAUCUCAAUUGAGGCCUUUCCAAGAGAACUUUGAACAUAUGUUGGGGCAAAAUAAGUCUAGAAGCUUCAUUCGAGCUGCCGAGAAGGCUGCACACGAAUUUGGUAGGCGUAUAAAUCUGGAGAUGACUUGUUCCUGUGCUUUGAAACAAAGUCAGCUAUCGGCUAGUGUUCAAUCCAAGGAAGGAGUUGCUGGACCUGAUCGCAAAUCUGGUGAACUUGGUGAAUUUUCAGUCGCUCAGUUUGAACCUGCAAAUUUUAUUUUGCAACUCAAAAAUCUUGCAUUGGUUGGUUCCAUGCCUGGAAUGAUUGAGUUUGCUGUUGCACAAAAUCGUUUAUCAGCAUUCUACCGUUCCAUAGGGCAUUCCCAGUUGCCAAUGCAUCAACUCCAGGAAACAAGUGAUAUCGAAGACAGUGACGAUGGCUUGUUGAUGGUUAAAAGCAAAUUUGAUGUUCAGAUUGAAGACCAAGUUAUACAGUCAGCUGACUUGCAGAAAGAAUCAGAGAUAUUAGGGAAUAAAUUUGUACUGCAAGAGAAGAAAGAAGAUCUAGCCGAUGGUUUGGACGGGGGAAUGGGUGCAGUUCUGGAGGACUGGAAAAGUAAUGCUGCUGAAAAAGAUACCGUCUCAAAUGACAAGACAUCAAAAUCCAUGGAGAGAAAAAGGGAGAACGAUUCAGAAGUUAAAAAUGGGAGUGAGUCGAGAGAACGGAAGAAGAGCAGGUACUUAUCUUUUCCCUACGUAAACUGGGGGCAUAAAGGCUUGCCAGAUGAAACAGAAGACCCUAAGGCUCCACAAGUUCCUGAAGAAGCUGAUACAAAUGUCAAUCCUGGCCAGUUUACUGGGUCCCCUGCAAUUGUUAAAUGUAGCAGCAAGAGGUUCUGGAGAAAAUGGUACACUAAAUUCAUAAGUGGGAGCAAUAAAUAUGGUAAUCUAGAGUUAAUAAAUGCGUCUUCAGCUGAAUUUCUCUCCAAACUUCGUUUUACAGCUGUGGAUUGCUUAUAUCCAAAUGAGAGUGAAAAUUUUGAUUCAAUUGAGUGGUUCUUUUCCAGAUUUAGAAUUUCAGUGUAUCGUGAUGAAUCUCUUUAUGAGAUGUACUGCAAGAAUAUGGCUGCUCAUAACGAGAAUAUAGCUGCUGAACCCAGCUUGUUGGCAGACAACCCACAGGAGAUUAAGCACUCUUCCCCCACUGCUAAAACUGUUUCUAAGAAAAGAAAGGAAAAGACAAUUUUGCAGCAUUCAGGGGCUGAACUUACUGCUAGUGUUAACGGACACCCUGAUACAGACACGGGAAAGGAUUCAAGAGAGAUUAAUCAUCCUUCUCUCAAUGGUAAACCUGAGGAGAAGAUCAGAAAGAAGAAAGGAAAAGCAAACUCGGGGCGAUCGAAGACGAAAUCACUUUCAGGCCUAUCAGAUGUGAAUAUAAACAUUGCUACAAAUAGUUCAAUUUUUAAUGAUUACUUGGGGACGGGCCCCCUCAAAUCCAGCAGUAAACCUAAGAAAACAAAGCCAAAGAAAGGAGCAAGUCCAACGUGUCUGCAAACUAAACCCGCAACUGGCAUACCAGAUCUGAAUGGGAACUGUGCUGUACCCAUAUCGACUGUCGAAGAUCAACUGGUUACUGGUCAUGUUACUUCUGCAGGUAAACCUGAACCAAAAAAGAGAAAGAAGAAAGCAGCUGCUUCAGGUCCCUUGGAGAUUCAAGUCACGUCUGGCUUACAACAUUUGAAUAGGAACAUUGUUGAACCUGGUUCAUUGGUCAUAGAUCUGGGGGUAAUGAGACCGCAUUCUCUUGAUGAUAUUAGUCGGAAAAAUGAUGGGGAAGGGAAGGAAGAGGUGACUUCAGUAUGUUUGGAUUCUAAACUUGCUGGUGGCCCACAGAGUUCUAUUGGAAGUUAUCCUAGGCCUGACUUAGUGGUUAAAGAUCCACAAGAUUUCAGCCCCCUCUCAGCUGAAGGUAAACCUAGGAAGAGAGAGAGAAAGAGGAAGGAUAAAGCAACAUCUGAGAAUAAACUCACUGUGGGCAUACCAGAUUUAAAUGGAAUAAGCUCUGAAUACAGCUCAUUGGGAAAGGAAUUUCAGGAGACUAAUGGGCUUUUAUCUCAAAUUAAAUCUGAGCGGAAGAAGAGGCGGAGAAAAGGAGAAGCUACUUCAGACCAUCUGAGAGGUAAAUUGACUGCUGGAAGACCAGACAUCAAUAUAAAUCAUGAUAGCGUUGAGACUAAUGGAGAAGCUCCAGAGACUGCUCUUCUGUUGACGUUUGCCCCAGGAGUUCCCAUGCCUUCAAAAGAAGAUUUGGUCGCAACAUUUUGCAGGUUUGGGCCCUUAAAGGAAUCAGAAACACAGUUGUUGAAAGAUUCUGGCAGUGCACAGGUGGUUUUUAUGAAAAGUGCUGAUGCUGGGGAAGCUUUUCGGAGCUUAGAGAACAAUAACCCUUUCAGUGCGGCCCUUGUCAAUUACCGGCUCUAUCAUCCUUCAGCUGUCUCCAAAGUUUUGGAACCAGAGAGGACUUUACUCACGGCUUCAGGCGCUCUACCGACGGAAGGAUGUAUCACCCCUGGGAUGCCUUCUGGGUCAAUGCCUAACACUGGUGAGGUGCCUCCACUUGACUUUAUAAGGCAAAAUCUGCAGAUGAUGACAUCAAUGCUGGAGAAGGCGGGUGAUAAUCUUUCUCCAGAGACAAGAGCCAAACUGGAGGGCGAAAUUAAAGGCCUCCUGAAGAAGGUGACCUCCGUGGCUGGUUCUUCCUCUACUUGAUAGUAACUGUAAGAUUUGGAUACUCUAUUUUAGAUUUUUCAUCAAUGUAGUCCCAGAAUGUUUAUGUUAGGUCUGUGAACCUAUUUGAUUUAUUGCAACUGAGGAGGUAGGAUUUCAUGUCUCAUAAUCUAUCAUAAUCUAGGAACCCACAUGCAUCUUUA